CUUGCGACCGUUUCGCCUUUGCCGACGUCAAUUGCGAACAGAUCCCAUGGCACUGCGUCCUCCAGCUGCACCUCACAAUCUGACAUCGAGGGCUCAACUGUACCAUCCUUUUGACCUCGCACACUAAAGGCUUCACUACUGUUGUCGCACCGGCGAACGCCGAACGAUCCCUCAUAGGCAAUCGUCUCCUUGUCCGGUCUCUCCCUUCCAACCUGUCUCUUCUAGCGACGUCCUGUAACUAGGCGCCACUGAAUUGCACGCUGUUCCUAGAACUCCUCUCGAACUCCUCGACAGGCUCACGACAAUGGCAAACCCACUCGACACCGAUGCGGGCUCCGAGCUCUUCAGCACGUACGAGGCCGAGCUGAGACUCGUCCAGGCAGACGUGAACCAGAAACUGGAUCAGAUUCCCGAACUCACGGGGGAGGAGAGGAAGGUUGCGAUCCGGGGCGCGGAGAGGGCCAUCGAUGAGGCCAAGGAAUUGCUCGACCAGAUGAACCUGGAGAAAUCCAACAUCCCGACCUCGCAACGGAGCAAAGUGAACUCUCGCUUCCGCAACCACCAGUCCGACAUCGACACGCUGCAGCGGAAACUGAAAUCGCUCGCCGAGUCCGAGCGCAAACAGCUGUUCGGCGACCGGUACACCGACGACCCGGAGGCUGGCCCGAGAGAUGCGCAACUCGAACAGCGCCAGCAGCUGCUCUCUGGCACCGAACGGUUGGGCCGGAGUUCCGAUCGGUUAAGAGAGUCGCAACGGAUAGCGCUGGAGACGGAACAGGUUGGGGCGUCUACGUUGGCAGAUCUACACCAGCAGAGGAAUGUGAUUGAGAACACACACCGCAAUCUACUGCAGAGCGAAGGCUACGUGGACCGGAGCGUGAAGACCUUGAGGGGAAUGGCGCGCAGGAUGGCGACGAAUCGCGUGAUUACGAUCGCGAUCAUUACUGUGCUUGUGCUACUUAUCAUCGGCGUAAUAUACAGCAAGUUUAAGUGAGGAGCAGUGUCGCGAGAAGGGGUCGACCGGGAUGAUUUGAUUGACUGUUGGCGGUCAUCAUCCUUGACCGUCGUACAUAUGAAUUGAUGGCGCAGGCGUUCAGAAGGCGUUGGAUGGCCGCCUUCGAUAGAAGCCUUUGCUUCAGAAGUCUCUAUGGGUAUCAGUCCGGUCGGCACACUCCCAAAGUUAUAAAAGCAAGAAAUUAUACAGUGUGCUCUAGGUGAUACAACGUCUACACAUGUAUGGUUUUUUCCCAAGUCGAGACACGGCG